AUGGAAGACGAGAACGUCACGACGCCAAACUCUGCAUCCGUUUAUUUCCAGUGCAUUCCCACUCCUCCAACGGUUACGUCAACUGCACAGAUUGUCAUCAGCCCUAGCGAAGAUCUGGAGGAGACGGCGACACAGAACGAAGAGCAUAGCGGCUCAAGAUCGCCAAGAGGAAAGAGGUCACACCUCCUGCACGAAACUCUCUUCGAUGAGCAGGAACGACUUGUGACGGCAGAAAAUGUCAGCUCGUCCAUGUUCAGUGAUAACGUCUUAACAGGAAUUGAGGCCCCAGAAGUAGCCAGGAUGCUAGAACUGGAACGAAAGGAAAUGAAGCCCAGUGGGAUGAGGGGUGCGAAGAAAGGCAAUGUUCAAAGGCUCCGCGAUUUAUUCGAAACGAUGCAUCGCACCACAACUGAAGAUACUCGCAUGCCAAAGAAGAAGGAGAAGGACGGAAAGCUUGCAGUCCACCAGCAUUGA